AUAUGUUAACCCAUAUCAACACCCAUUGAGAGGAAAAACGACGUAUCGUCUGGAUAGCAACAGCACUUUCGUGGAUUUAAUAACGACUUCUAUAUUAUUAUCGUCUUUCACAAACGGCAACUGUUUGUUACGUCGUUUUAGGAAGAUUUACGCUACACCAUUGCUGUUUCUGCUGCGUUCGUCACUUUCAUUCUUCUCGACCGAUGAACUCCACGCACAAUACAAUCCUAACCACAGUUUCCCCUUCUCUGCCCUCCAAAUUUCGAAACCCUAAAACCUUAAUUCCGCAUAAUUCAUCUCAAAUUCACGCUCAAUACCGCCUAGGCUCUACGCCUGCUAUAUCCCUUCAUAAAAAGCGUAAAAAUUUGGAGCUGAGGGUCUUCAAAACUAGAGCUUCAGGCAACAAUACUGGUGAGACGGAGAACUGGGUAAACCGUUUACCGACCAGUGGUUUGGCAGCCGACAAGAUUUUUAGACUGAUUUCGAGUGCUACCGCGAGUCCCAUUGGCCAGUUCAUAUCUUCACCCACUACAUUUCUGCACUCUGUUGAUCCUCGAGUGAAAUUGAUAUGGCUUUUGGCCUUAGUUGUUUUACCAGCACGAUCACAUCUAAUAAUGCGUUUUGGAUUGGUAGUGUUCCUUGCUCUUCUGUCAAUAUGGAUUCUCCCGAGACAAGUUUGGAUGGAUCAAUUGGGAAGGGUGUCAUUGCUUUCUGGAAUUCUGUUCAUAAUGUUGGGGCUGGGUUCAGAUAGUGCACCUCCACUUGUCCAGUCAAGAACUCCACCACCUGCAAUGAUGGGCUUGCCUAAUCUCCCUGCAUCUUUGGGGAGUUAUUCGUAUUUGAUUGUGAAGUUAGGACCAUUACAGUUUACAAGGAAGGGGUUAUCAGUAGCAAGCACAGCAGCAUGCUUAACAUUUACUAUUUUCCAAAGUGCAAGCCUCUGUCUGGCAACCACAACUCCGGAAAAAUUGGUGUCUGCCUUGCGGUGGUUUAUGCUUCCUUUGAGAUAUAUUGGAGUUCCGGUGGCUGAAAUUACUCUUACUCUCUUACUGUCUUUGAGGUUCAUCAAUCUAGUUUUUGAUGAGGUCCGUAAUGUUGCACUAGGGGUUGUAUCUCGUAGGAUAAAUUGGCAGCAACUGACAGUGAUGGAGACAAUUGAUAUUUUUGCUUCUUACGUACGUCGAAUCUUCAAGAAUAUUUUUAACCAUGCAGAGCAGAUUUCUCAGGCCAUGAUUCUACGAGGCUUUAGAGGGGACAGCAACUCUUAUAAAAUCUACUUCUUAUCAGAGUCAUCAAUUGGGAUGGCAGAUUUUAUUUCCAUGUUGUGCCUGAUUGGCAUUGUCAGUGGAGCUUUUCUAUCUGAUUAUUUGCUUGUAUGAGUGCCAUGAUGCUGUUGCUUAGGCAAGGUCACUCUAUCCCAAAAAGAUCCUACCAGGAAUUUCAAAUGUCUUUUCUUAGCUUUUCCUGAAGCCAUGUACUGUUCAAUAUGAUCUGCAGUACAGAUUCAGCCGCUAGUUAGUGGAAGAUUGUUAUAUGGCAGGGGAAAAUUUCACAAUCUACUGAACAUAAUACUUGUCAAUGACUGGUGAUUUUAGCUUGACUAUCAAAUCAAUCUAGAAUGCACCAUAUUGUCUACUAACAUGCUGAAGAGUUGGCGAAUUCUCGCGUUUUGAUAGUACCAGCUGGUCUGGGGAGGGGAAUAUAUUGUAUUAUUUAGUGAUAUUGUUAGUCUAAAUGGAAUAUUUUCAUUUCAUUAUGGUCAAUGAAGCUUGUUUCAAUUGUUAUCA